UCUCACGCUUUCUCUAAGCACAUGUGCGAUGCUACGUUCCCGCGUCUUGGCGGAGCCUCCACCACCACGCGGCUGAGGGUGGACCACAGCCAGGAGAAGGGGCCCACAUCGGACGGGGGUGGACUCCUCCACCAUUGGACAAGGGAUGAUCCUGAGGGAGGAUCCAGGAUCCAGCGAGGAAGGGGCAUCGAUCUGCAUCACCCGAAGAUCUCCUCCGCCAAGCGCAGAACGAUGAGACUAACUUUGUAUUUCAUACGCUCCAGUUCGCUCUUGUAAAAAGUUCUUUGACAAUUAUCGGAAUAAAUAGUUGGACUCAGUCUUCUACACACCGCGAGCAGAGCGCUCAGCGCUCCACGGGUUAACUUACCCACAUCAUAAAAUCCCUAGACCGCGGACGAUUUCCAUCAGCUUGGCGGCUGCUAACCAAAUACGCGAAUAUUGUUUCAAAUAAUUCCCUGGAUAGUCACUAAACCCUAAAACCAAUCAGAUAAGACCGACACGCACAAGAAUGAAUGAAACCAGAUUGGAUAGCGAUUAUGUUCCUUUGGCGAAUAGAAUUUAGAGUCAGAAUUGGUUGUAUUAUACUCACAAAAACACGUGUACAUAAAGUAAUACUGUUUAAAUUAUAUUUAAAACAUUGGUUAUUUUAUAUUACUGAAGUAUAAAAAUGUUAAUUGAACCAAAAUUAACAAACACAUCAGAAGAUUUUAACAAAUCACCUGAAAAACAAAAUCUUUUAUUGCAGAGCUUAGGUACUCCACACAUAGAUUCUUUUAAUUAUAUGCUAGAAGAUGGUCUUUCUCAAGCUGUUCAAGACAAUCCACUUGUUUACAUUCAUCUUCCAAAUGAAAACAAAGUGGCUUUAUGGAUUGAUGAUGUUUCUAUCCAUCAACCCAUUGUUCCAUCUGGUACAAUUGGGGUAAAAAACCAUAAAAUUUAUCCUACAGAAUGUCGUCAGAGAGGAUGUACUUAUAAAGGAAAAAUAACAGUUAAACUGGGUUGGAGUGUUAACGGUAAACUUCAAGAGACACUUGAAAGAGAUUUAGGAGAAAUUCCAAUUAUGAUUAAGUCUAAUAGAUGUCAUUUACACAAAAUGAGUCCAAAAGAACUAAUAGCACAUGGAGAACAUGAACAAGAAUGGGGGGGAUAUUUUAUAAUUAAAGGGCUUGAAAGAAUUAUUAGAAUGUUGUUAAUGACAAGAAGAAAUUAUCCCAUUGCUAUUAAAAGGUCAGGUUGGAAAGCUCGUGGUGUACAAUUUAGUGACCUGGGAUUACUUUUGAGAAGUGUGCGUGAUGAUAAUACUGCAAGUAACAAUACCUUACACUACGUAAUUGAUGGUUCUGCAAAAUUAAUGUUCACACAUAGAAAAGUUUUAUACUAUGUUCCAUUGAUUUUAAUACUGAAAUGUUUAAUUGAUGCUUCAGACAUCUUUAUUUAUAACGCAUUAACAGCUGGAUGUGAAGAUGACCCGUAUUAUAAAGGUUGUAUUUUGAAUAUGUUACGAGCAAUACAUGAACAAAAUUUACACAGUCAUGAAGACUGUAAAACUUACAUAGGAAGAAUGUUCAGAAUAAAGUUUUUUGAACUACCUCAAGAUGCUACAGAUACAGAUGUUUGUGACUUUAUUAUUAAACAUUGUAUAGCAAUUCAUCUUGAUAACCCAAUGGAUAAAUUUUAUUUGCUUGUAUUUAUGACAAAGAAGUUGUUUGCUCUCGCAAAUAAUAAGUGUGCUGUUGAAGGAGCUGAUGCUGUGAUGAUGCAGGAAUGCUUACUUGGUGGUCAUUUAUAUUUACAAGUAUUGAAAGAAAAAUUAUAUAGUUGGUUGAAUAGUUUAAAAAUGAACAUUUUAAAACGUGCAAGAAGCGCUGGUAAUAGAUACACUUUAAACGUGCAGGAAAUGUUAAAUGUAAUGAAACAUGGAAAUUUCCUUGAUUCACAAAUGGAGAACUUUUUAUCUACUGGAAAUAUAAAAUCUUCAACGGGUUUAGGGCUUAUGCAAAGUUCAGGUCUUACUAUUGUUGCUGAAAAUAUUAAUAGAAUGCGUUACAUGAGUCAUUUUCGAGCAAUACAUAGGGGUUCCUUUUUUCAAGAAAUGAGAACUACAGAGGCUAGACAACUAUUGCCUGAUGCAUGGGGUUUUAUUUGUCCUGUACAUACACCAGAUGGUGCUCCAUGUGGUCUUUUGAAUCAUUUAACAAUGAAUUGUAUUAUUACAAAACAUCCGGAUCCCAAAUUAAAAGCUAAUAUUCCUAUUAUACUAAUGGAUCUUGGAAUGAUUCCAUUAUCGAUUGUAGAUAAUUGGCAAAACUCUUAUGUUGUAAUGUUAGAUGGGAAAUUAAUUGGAUUAAUAGAUAAUAAUAUAAUUUCUAGAGUGACUGACAAAUUACGGUUACUUAAAAUAAAAGGGGAGGAGGUCCCACGUAUUAUGGAGAUAGUACUUGUACCAAAAAAAAAUGUACCAGCUCAGUAUCCAGGAUUAUAUUUAUUCACGAAUGCAGCUCGUAUGAUGAGACCAGUAAUGAAUUUAGCUUCUAAGAAGAUUGAAUAUAUAGGAACAUUUGAACAAGUUUAUUUAAAUAUUUGUGUUACACCUGAGGAAGCUUACGAAGGAUUAACAACACACCAAGAACUAUCAAAAACUGCAUUUUUAAGUAAUUUAGCAAGUCUAAUUCCAAUGCCAGAUUGUAACCAAAGUCCCCGGAAUAUGUAUCAAUGUCAGAUGGGUAAACAAACAAUGGGUACUCCAUGUCACACGUGGCAAUUACAAUCUGAAACUAAAUUAUACAGACUUCAGACACCGGCAACACCAUUUUUUCGACCUGUACAUUACGAUAAAAUUAAUCUCGAUGAUUUCGCUAUGGGUACUAAUGCAAUAGUUGCUGUUAUUUCAUACACUGGAUAUGAUAUGGAAGAUGCAAUGAUUAUAAACAAAGCAGCAUAUGAUAGGGGUUUUGCACAUGGAAUGAUUUAUAAAUCAGAGUUCGUAGACUUGAAAGAUCAAAGAAGUUAUUUUGCACGAAAUCCUGAUAAACCCGAACUCGCGGCAAAAAUAGACGUUGAUGGUCUACCCGUACCAGGUACAAUUAUUAAGGAAGGUGAUAUCUAUUAUUGUUAUUACGAUGCAGAUCAAUCAACAUAUGUUACUGGUAAAUAUCAUGGAAAAGAAGAUGCUCACAUUGAUAAUGUAAAGCUUUGUGGAACAUUGCAUAGUCAUAUUCCACGUAGAGCUUGCAUCACUUUCCGUAUUUCACGUAAUCCAAGUGUUGGAGAUAAAUUUGCUUCAAGAGCAGGCCAAAAAGGUAUUUGUUCACAAAAAUGGCCAGCAGAGGAUUUACCAUUUACUGAAACUGGUCUGAUACCUGAUAUUGUCUUUAAUCCUCAUGGUUUUCCAAGUCGUAUGACAAUAGCUAUGAUGAUUGAAGUAAUGGCUGGAAAAUCAGCAGCUAUACAUGGAUUAGUGCAUGAUGCAACAUCCUUUCGAUUUAAUGAGGAUGAAACAGCAGUUGAAUAUUUUGGAAAAUUAUUAGAACGCGGCGGUUAUAAUUAUUAUGGAACAGAAAGAUUAUAUUCAGGAAUAGAUGGAAGAGAAAUGACUGCUGACAUUUUCUUCGGAAUAGUACAUUACCAGCGACUACGACAUAUGGUUUCAGAUAAAUGGCAGGUUAGAAGUACUGGUCCAAUUGAUGUUUUAACAAGACAACCAAUAAAGGGUAGACGAAGAGGUGGUGGUGUUCGAUUUGGAGAGAUGGAAAGAGAUUCCUUAAUAUCUCAUGGAUGUGCAUUUUUGCUUCAAGAUCGUCUUUUUCAUUGUUCAGACAAAACUACGACUUUGAUUUGUCAAAAAUGUGGCACGUUAUUGGGCCCUGUAAUGGAAAUAGAUAUAAAUAAGUCAGACCUAAUCGACAAAACUAGAUGUCGUCUUUGUAGCGAUGAUGAGCACGUAAAAGAAGUUGAAAUACCAUAUAUUUUUCGAUAUCUCGUAACACAAUUAACAUCUUGUAAUAUUAAUGUGAAAUUGUCAUUUGUAGAGAAAUGAAAAACAAUUGAAUGUACGUAGCUUUAUACUAUAUUCUAAUUAUAAUAAUACUUUAUUUUUUCUAACAUUCCGUUAAAUGAUUUACUUACAAACCCAACAAAAUAUUCUACAAAUACACUGUUCAUUUUACUAAUUAUUAUUAUAUCAUACACAUUAACAUUAGUUAUAUA